UAGCGACAACCGAGCGCAACGUGCUCCGCCGCGAUCCGUCCUUCCGACUGCGGUGCCUGGCAACAGACGAAAAAAAAAAAAAAAGACGUGAUGACGUCCUCUCCAGAUUGCGUGUUAUGCGCUGUGAGGAAUUAAAACAACCUCGAAGAAGAGGACACGGGGGAAGGCUAAAAUAAUAAACGAGACGGAAAUAAACGAGGUGCGCGGUGAACCAUGGAGCUCUCGGCUGUCGGCGAGAGCGUCUUCGCGGCCGAGUCCAUCAUUAAACGGAGAAUCCGACGGGGGCGCUGGGAAUAUCUCGUGAAAUGGAAGGGCUGGUCUCAGAAGUACAGCACGUGGGAGCCCGAGGAAAACAUUCUGGACGCGCGACUCUUCGCCGCCUUCGAGGAGAGGGAGCGAGAAAGGGAGCUUUUCGGCCCGAAGAAGAGGGGUCCCAAACCUGAGACAUUUCUCUUGAAGGUGAGUGAAUCUUUUGAUAUAUCUCGGGGUCCCAAACCUGAGACAUUUCUCUUGAAGGCCAGGGCCAAAGAAAAAACGUAUGAUUCCAGACGAGAGGCUCCGAGAAGGAUCCAGGUUUCCUAUCCCGUCCCGGAGCCCGUCAUAACCCCGAGGGCCCGGGAGGGUUUACGCGCGGUUCUCCCUACGAUCUUCCCACCGAGCUCGGUCAACAGAGGGGAAAGUGUCCUCAUCCAGCCGCCGCAGCCGGACAGACGGCCCAGGUCGACUCCGCCGGCGCCUCUGACACUCCAAGAAGACGUGCGGUUCCCCAAAAAGAGAGGGCGCAAACCCAAGCUGCAUUUACAUUACGACGAGGAUGAGCCGGACGCCGAACGCGGUCGGCCUUCGGAGGAGCAGGGGUCGCACGGUGUGUCCGGCGCGUCCCGACGCUUGCUCCACCGCGGAGAGACGUCGGAUCACGGCCUCGUCCAGCUGACCAGGAGGUUUCAGGAGAAGACCACGAUAACGCCCAAGCACAGCGGCGCGCGGGGGCACGCGGGUCUGUUUUACGGCUGCGCGUUCAGUCCUCCAGAUGUGCACGAGAGAGAGCACAGGACUACUUGUUUGCCCGGGUGGUCUGUUCCUCGGUCCGGCAGCUCCGCAGAACACCAGAGACACCAGGCGAAGGAUCUCCGUCUGCCCCCGGAGCAAGCUGCCGUCACCUCCACGCAGUCCGAGUCCACCCGCGACCAGUCCACGCGCCCGGCCUCGACCUGGACCCCCCGUUUCACCAGUCUGGACACAGUGACCGUGACAGAUGUCACCAUGAACUUCUUGACUGUCACCGUCAGAGAAAGCAGCACCGAGAAAGGCUUUUUCCGGGAGAAGAGAUGAGUAGAGCCAUGCGCUUUGGAUGUGGGUCAGAGGAAGAUGAUAUAAAAAAAGAUUUGUUUAACAAGCUACCAACUAACACGCCUACUGUAUUGCUUUAUUUGGUCCUGUGUAACUGUCAAAUACAAGUAUUUAAUACGCUGCUGGGAAAAUAAAAAACGAAAGUGACUAGUGUA